CGCAACGGUUCGAUGGCUGAUUGAUCUAACGCGGGCAAUCACGUCGUGCCCAAAGGUUUUGGUCUUAUCCGUCCUGCUGGCCUUUAAACAGCACUUUCCGCUCUCGAAAGAUGGUCCUCCGUCUGUGUUUCUGUCCUCCUUCCAUCCUUUGGAGUUCCCCAAGGUACAUAUAUACAACCGCAACGUGCCACCCCGUGGGACGUCUGCGAUACAUAAACCGGACGCCAAAACCAGUGCAUCAGUCCCUCGUCUUCGUCCCUCGAUUUCUCUCUUUCACCAACCAACCAACAGGACAAUGUGGUGGAUCGAAGCUAACCCAUCGGCGUGCAACGACCUGUCGGCGCUUGAGCGCAACAUCCCGCUGCAGAGCGGCGUGAGCAAUGGGCAGAGCUCGUCGUCCCAUGAGUUGGGUUGCGACCACCCGAGCGCAAACCCUACGCGCACCGCGCCGCCCGCCGACAAGGGCUACGAUUAUCGGGUGCUCCCGCCCACCAGAAAGCUGAACGGCCGCCAGUGGUUCCACCUGCUGUUCGUGCAAGGCGUCACCUCGAUGCUUAUCGCAGCGGCCCUCAACUUUGCCAUCGGCUACGCCAUGUACUCCUCCCCCCGCCCGCCCCCGGGCCCACCGCCACAGGGUUCGAUCCCGCCCUUCCUUUUCAGCCUGCCCGUGUCCAUAGUGGGCGACGCGGCGCUGAGUACAGUCUUCCAGACCCUGAUCACCUGGUAUGUCCUGAUAUACACGGUCAACUAUGCGCUCUCGCACGGCGAGCUCCAGCCCUACGCGCCCACCAGUGGGGUGCUCGCGCGCGAGCCGUCGAAAUGCGUCUUACGCUGGUUCCUGUUCCUCGACCACGACAACGCCAAGCACGGGAGCAGAGUGUUGGGCUUCGGCAGACGGGGCUUGUACCAGCAGGGCGCUCUCGUGCUGGCUGGGCUCGCGAGGGCGAUCAUUAUUUCCGCGGUGGCGUAUGGCCUCAUGAUUGGGCCGGCGAUUGGCAUCAUGGUUGCAGUGGGGACGCCGCGAAAUGGCGAUUGGGUGUAUCUGGGACGCUGGGACGGCACGAUCUUCAAGACCGUCUUUGGUGGUCUGAUGGGCUUGUGGAUGGCGCCUGCUCUCUCAUGGAUGUGGAUGGUGAGGGCCGGGUGGAUUGUCAGGAGGCACGAGAGCCUGCCUGCUUGA